AUGGCCACUGACCACGAAGCACCAGCCGCUGGCAAGCUCUGGGGCGGCCGCUUCACGGGCGGGACGGAUCCUAUCAUGGUGCAGUACAACGAAUCAAUCUACUUCGACAGAGCCUUCUACUCUCAGGAUAUCCGUGGCAGCAUAGCGUACGCUCGUGCGAACACCACAACCGGACUUCUCACUCAACACGAGUUCUCAGAGAUCGAGCGAGGUUUCAAGCAAGUCCUCCAGGAAUGGCAAGAGGGCAACUUCGAAAUCCAUCCUGGUGUCGACGAGGACAUUCACACGGCCAAUGAGCGACGACUAGGCGAGAUCAUUGGGAAAGAUAUUGCCGGCAAGCUCCAUACUGGACGCAGUAGGAACGACCAAGUCGCUACUGAUAUGAGACUCUGGCUUCGAGACCAACUGGAGACUCUUGAGGGCUAUCUCGUUGCAUUCCUGAAGGUCAUUGCCGCCCGUGCUGAGAAGGAGAUUGAACAUGUCAUGCCUGGCUACACUCACUUGCAACGAGCGCAGCCAAUUCGCUGGAGCCACUGGAUGCUGCUCUACGGCUCUCUCUUCGCUUCUGAUCUACAAAGGCUGCGAGAAGUGAGAGCACGCAUCAACAGGUCACCGCUAGGUUGUGGUGCUCUUGCUGGAAACCCCUUCAAUGUUGACCGUGAAGCCAUCGCGAAGGAGCUUGGGUUCGACGGCAUCAUCAUGAACUCCAUGGCUGGUGUGGGCGACCGCGACUUUGUUGUAGAGACCAUGCAAUGGGGAACGAUGCUCAUGACACAUCUGUCUCGCUGGGCAGAAGAUUUGAUCAUCUACUCGACUGGCGAAUUCGCUUUCGUCAAGCUGGCUGACACGUACUCCACUGGCUCUUCACUCAUGCCGCAGAAGAAGAACCCAGACUCUCUUGAGCUUAUCCGUGGGAAGUCGGGACGUGCAUUUGGCCACAUGACAGGCCUCAUGAUGAGCAUCAAGGGCAUCCCAUCCACGUAUAACAAAGAUCUCCAGGAGUCCGUCGAGCCAAUGCUGGACCAUAUCAAGACCGUUGGCGACAGUGUCCAGAUUGCAACUGGUGUUUUGUCAACUCUGAACAUUUACCCAGAGAACAUGCUCAAGUCGCUCUCGCCAGAUAUGCUGGCAACUGACCUGGCGGAUUACCUAGUACGUAAGGGCGUGCCAUUCCGAGAGACGCAUCACAUCUCGGGUCGUGUAGUACAGCUGGCAGAGAACGAGGGCAAGCCCAUGGAUACUCUGUCCUUUGAGCAGCUCCAGAGCGUCGACCAGCGAUUUGAGAAGGAUGUUCUGAGCGUGUUUGACUACCAAAAGAGUGUGGAGAUGCGCUCUGCCAAGGGAGGUACUAGCCGCAGUGCUGUCAUGGAGCAGAUUGAGGCUAUCAAAAAGACUCUAGCUGGCCAGCAAUGA